CUCAAUGAAGCAACCCAUCAUGAGGUUUGUCCAGAUGCAAACAAAUCUUUGUACCCAAUAAACGGAUAGCUUCCUACAAUGCUAGAAUUAAAAAACAGCUGAAUACUUUGCCACAAAGAACAGUAAAAAUCAGCUUUCAAACAAAUUCUUUCAUAUUGUCUCAAUAACCCUUUUAGACAACAUUGCCAGCAAACCGAUAUCACUAUUAUUUGUUCAAGUCUAGGUGGCUUUUGUGGCACUGUCUUUGCAAACAGGCUAAGACUCUUGUUUUGGUGGUAGAGAGUGAAUGAAGAAAGGUUUUGUUUCUUUGAGCCAUCUGGGUACUUUUCCAAGCCCGGGACCAUCAGAUUACCGCGAUAAUGGCGUGGUGGUGGCUUCAAAAGGGUGGAGUUCAGAGAGGGUGCCUCAUCCAGGUAAUAGCAAUGGUAGUAGCAGAAGACAUAUCAGUGCUUCAUCUUUGACAUCUUUUUAUAGUGGUAGAACAUUGCCUUCCAAGUGGGAAGAUGCCGAGAGGUGGAUUUGUAGCCCUGUUUUGGGUUAUGGUGUUAGCAAGAAUGCAAACUAUCAGCUUCAGAGGCGGCCAAAGUCUAACAGUGGUCCUGUUGUGCCUCCUGGUACUGCUUUCUACUCCAAUUACUCGCCUUCAAUGCAGCUCCUUGAUGGUGGAGGCGGUGGGACCGUGAGGAAUUUGAUGGCAGGCUCUCCAUUUUCAACUGGGGUUUUGAUGGCUGACGGGGUUUCUGUUCAUUAUGGUGGUUGUACAGCUCCUGAUGCUGGUGGAGAUGGUGACGGCAGGCAAUCUUGUAUGGUGCAGAAUGACAGUAAUGUGGCAAGAUCGGCAAUUAUACCUGGAUGGUCAGAUUUGGUUAGUGAAUCUUCAUUGCCCAGUUCUCAAGAUGAGAAACUUGAUGAAAUCAAGGAAUCAGAAAUGAUGAUCUCUCGUGUAGUUUCACAGAGGGAUAUGGCAACACAAAUGAGCCCCGAGGGCUGUUGCAGCCACUCAUCUCCCAGAGAGAGGUCUUCCCCUUGCCACUCGCCUCCUCUUCCUGCUGUGGAGAACAAUGAUCUUCCUUCUAAAUUGGACAUCAGGGAAGUGCAGAUAGACAAACGAGCCACAAUGACUAACCGGUCCAAAAUACAUGGAUCAAUAAGAAUCCAGAAAGGGGUGCCGGAUUUUGAAGAAUUCAAUCAAAACAGCACGGCAGUUUCUGCUUUUUCUCUGGAUAUUUCAGAGGCAGCAACAAGCAUUUCAAGGUUGCAAAGAGAGGAAGCAAAGAUCUGCGCAUGGGAGAAUUUGCAGAGGGCAAAAGCUGAGGCAGCCAUACGAAAACUGGAGAUGAAAUUGGAAAAGAAGAGAUCAGCAUCAAUAGAUAAGAUCUUGAACAAACUGAGGAUGGCUCAGAUGAAAGCCCAAGAAAUGAGAAAUUCAAUAUCAGGCAAGGAGGAUGAACAGAUUCCUAGGACUUCACAGAAGGUUACAUUCUUCCAUAUCCGCAUGAGUUCCUUCAGUAGUUGCUUCGCCUGCCAUGCUUACUAGUUUCUUGAAAUGGGAUCUGAUCUCCUUUGGCUCAAAUCGUUACCACCAGGUAUAUUUAUUAACCAUGGAGUUGCAGACUCCAGAUUUUGUAAAUGCCUGCUGGUUUCUUGGCUUCCCUACUCUUCCCACAUAAAAUAUCUUAGAAUUUUAGGAUGACUCCCAUUCUGAGUUAGAGCAGCUAAAUUGGACCAUUUGCUGGCCCAAGAGAAUGCGGGAUUCUAACUCUUGUUCUUAGUAGAUGGGACUUUUGUACAUAAAAUUACUUAUCAGGAAAUAUCAUCUCUUAUGGUUUUCGCAGUCCACUGACAAGUCAAUAGGUUGGUCUUAUCU